GACAUCGACCAUGAAGGUCUCCCUCCUCGUCGUCGCGUUCGCCUCCGUGGCCGCCGCAGCCCGCCUCCGCCCCCAGCCCGCCUCGGCGCCCACGAGUCUCUACGUCCGCACCCAACAGGAGGAAAACCCCUCCUACUCGACCUCCUACUCCGUGGCCAACGAUGACACGCACGACCACAAGGUAGUUGAAGAGUCCCUGAUGGAUUCCGUGACGAGGGGUUCCUACCAGUACCUGAGACCCGACGGUGUCCUGCAGGUGGUGAGGUACGUGGUCACCAAGGACGGCGGGUACCAGGCGGAGGUGGAGGAACUUCCGGGCCCUGGGUUUGCCAACGAACAGAAGGCGCCGACUCAGUCCUACUCGGCUCCAGAAGUCAAGGUGGAGCGACCAACUCAGUCCUACUCGGCUCCAGAAAUCAAGGUGGAACAGCCAACUCAGUCCUACUCAGCCCCAGAAAUCAAGGUGGAACAACCAACUCAGUCCUACUCAGCCCCAGAAAUCAAGGUGGAGCAACCAACGCAGUCAUACGGAGUUCCUGAUUUAGAAGAGCCAUCUCAGUCUUAUUUGGUUCCAGAAACAAAGGCAGAAGAACCAACUUUGUCAUACAUUGCUCCGGAAAUCAAGAUAGAGGAGCCAACUCUGACAUACAUUGCUCCUGAAGAACCAGUGCAAACUUAUAUCGUUCCAGAAAUCAAGAUAGAAGAACCAACUCUGACAUAUAUUGCUCCAGAAGAGCCAGCAGAGAUUUACAUCGCUCCUGAAGAACCAACACAGUCCUACAUUGCUCCAGAAAUCAAGAUAGAGGAGCUAACACAGACCUACAUCGCUCCUGAAGAACCUGUACAGUUAUACGUCGUUCCAGACACGAAAGAAGAGCCAAUCGUCCAGCUCUACGAAGCCCCAGAAGAGACCCCGAUCCUGGUCUAUGAGGCCCCAGAGGAGAUCCCAACCCUGGUCUACGGAGCCCCAGAAGAGAACCCUACCCUGGUCUACGAAGCCCCAGAGGAGAACCCUACCCUGGUCUAUGGAGUCCCAGAAGAGAACCCUACCCUGGUCUACGAAGCCCCAGAGAUCAAGCUCGAGGAACCCGCCUCCCUGUACGAAAUCCCGAGCGAGACGGAGGCCCCGGCCCUGGCUUACCAAACCCCGGACAUCAGCACGAUUCCUCUCUCCAGCCCCGUCUUCGGAGUCUUCGAUGUCUCGGAAGAAACGCACGUCGAACACGCUCAUGACCACGAAGCAGGACAUGCUGCUGCUCAUGAUCAUGGCCACGAACAUGAACAUAGCCACGAACAUGAUCACAGCCACGCUCAAGCCCACGCCCACUCUCAAGGCUACACUCACGCCCAUGCCCCAGCAGUUUCGGCCCCUGCUCCCCAGCGCCCGAUCCCCGUCCCCUUCGCCUUCCCCGUCGCUCCGCUCGGCCUGCACUUCCCCGCUCCCCCGAGUCGCCCCGCUCACCCCGUCCUCCGUCAGCCGCCAGUGCGAAAGCCUUCAGGAUUCUCCAUUCCCUUCUUCAAUAGGUUCAAGCUCCCUUUCCUGCAGGGAUUCAAGCUCCCUUCCUAUAAGGCAUUUAAACUCCCCUUCCAGUAAAAGUUUCGAAUUCCUUUGUUCGUAGAUUUCCUCAGCCCAGUCUCCAGGUCGAGAUCUGAGUGCCUUAUAAUGCUCCGUAACUUCAUGUUAAUUUAUGUUAUUUAAUUCUGAAGUUAAUGCGUUGUUUGUACACUAUUUAUGUGUGUUUUAUAUAGAGUCUAUGUAUUUUUUUCAAAUAAAUAUAUGCUAAUAACAAAA